AAACAUACCGUGGUGUUAUAUUCAACCAUAUCAAAAAUCCUGGGUUUAUUCAUCGAUAAAUAUACGAUAUUUUAUGAUGUCAAAUCUGUGGAGCCCUUCCUCGUUAUUUGGCGUCCUGCACGUACUACGAAAAGUUGUCUAGGAUUCAUCAGCCUUUUGCAUUCUAAAACCUCGCACCGUUUCUCUGUUCAGUGGCGACCGGUUCUAUCUUACCACACCAGCUACACCCCAUAAUGGAUGCAAUUGCAGAAAGCGUGUUCGACAACACCAUGCCCCACGCGGCGGUCGACGACACGCCGUCGCAUCUCUCGGUAAUUCUUGAGACGUCUGCGGCUGGCUGGCUCGCAAUCCCCCAGACCACGUUGAAGCAAGUCAGUGAGGCGCUUCUCGUGGCGCUUAACGCACACCUUGCGUCCAACACGUCCAAUCAGGUGUCUGUGCUUGCCAGUGGUGUCCAGCGCUCGGAGUUUCUCUUCCCGACCCCGGAAGACACCCACGCGAAGCACCACAACGGCACCUCAACUUUGGUCAGCUCCAAGUUGUACUCGCUUUUCCGCCACGUGGAUGAGGAGGUGCUUCACAGGCUCGACGCCCACAUCCAGACAGAAGGCAACGGCUGUGACAAGGGUACGCUUGCAGGCGGUACCAGCAUGGCACUCGCGUACAUCCGCCGGUGUCAGGCCGAGACUGCGGCUUUGAAGGCACGGAUUUUGAUCAUCAGCAUUACUGACGACUCUGCUAUCCCCUACAUCCCCGUAAUGAACUGUAUCUUUGCGGCGCAGAAGAUGAAGACGAGUAUCGACGUGUGCCAGCUCGGGCCGGCCUCCAGUUUCCUCCAACAGGCGGCGGACGCCACCGGUGGUGUUUAUAUGGACGUUAAGCACCCCCAGGGCUUGAUUCAGUAUCUAACCACCGCGUUUUUUGUCGACACGUCGCUCCGACCGUUCAUGGUGUUGCCCUCACAGAACAAUGUGGACUUCAGAGCGAGUUGUUUUGUGACCGGUGGGGUGGUCGAGCGAGGUUAUGUUUGCGGGGUGUGUCUCUGCAUCUUGAAGGACGUUCCACAGAGAAACUUCUGUCCGGUGUGCGGUUCUCGGUUUGAUGAUUUGGUGAUUAGCAAACUCAGACGGGGGCCGGUGGUGACACGGAAGAAGAAGAGAAAGACAGACGCUCUGCAAACUCCACUGACCCCAGCUGCAGAGCAGCCAGAGGCUGUCACUGAUGAUUAGCCAACCUAGUGUUGACUGGGGGUAUUGGGAACCAAAGGUUAUGAAGGAAAUAUACUUGACAAUUGCCACUUUAAAGAUUAUCUCAAAGAUUACGAAGGCGUCUAGCAGAGGAUAGAUUACUGGAACACUUGAUGGAAGGUUGUCUGGCUCUUGUAGUUCAACGGGGAUCUUCUGACACUAUUGCGUUACAACCCUUUGGAACUAGAGGGAAACUCUGAUUCUUAGCUCUCAAGGGAUUUUAUGGGUGGAUGCUUGCCUGAAUUAUGUCUACUCUGAAUUUGGAUAGAAAGCCUUGCUUCUUGGGCCUAUUGAAUUAAACCUGGCGGAUAUUUAUGUGAACAUAUUUCUCAGUUAUAUUGAGAGCUAGUUGGACCAUGGUGUCAAGGUUAAACCAUUAACAUCAAUAAAUUGCAUUUUUUUUAUUGGUACACCUCCUAAGUUAGUGUCCAGAGGGGCUUUCGUACUAGACCAAGA